AUGGCUGAACUUCGACGCCGAGUCAGAGAAGCAUUGAAGAUGAUGGACCAAUUUCUUAGCAUUCCUCUGGUGACUUCCAUGAGUGACCAAACCAUAUUAUGGCCCGGCUCUGCCUGCAAAACUCUGGAGACCUUGAGCAUUAACAUCCCACCACUGAGUGAUGCUGACAUGGCGUUCCUCCGCACAGUGGGUAAAGACCUAGUGGAACGCGGGAAAGCCGUGAACCCAGCUCGGCAGGUGGCUAAAGCAAGCACCAUGCCGACCCUCGUCAAAGGGGUUGAACAAAUACGACGUGAGGAAGCGGCCCGGAUCGCCACUGACCCCACUCACGCGGAAAUAGAAGCACAGGUUGAGCUGCAAGCAGCGCAACACUUUUUCACUCGCGUCCGCACUACUCUAUCCCGCAUUGCCCAGCAGCUCGCCGAUUACGAGCCGUCCGACUCCUAG